CUUUUGCGCACGCGCAGGUCACUUUUAAUACAUCCGUACUCGGCGGGGUCGUCGUGCGUUCCAGUUCUAACCCUAACCCAUAGGCUGUGUAUAGCCUACUAUUAACAGUCUAUGGUUCCAGCCAAGGAAGGGAUCUUUCCUUGGGCUGAGAAUAGUUGUCGUACGCAGUAUAAUUGCGCCAUUACGGGUUUAUGUUGACAAAGCGCUAAGAGAGUGUCGGUAACCGGGUCACUAAUAUAAUAUGGCUCUCAGAAGGGGGUGUUGGGGAUUUGCAGGGGUUGUUCCGCGGCUGUUCUGGAACACUACCGUCCUGUCUGGGUCUUCCGUUCCGGGAGCACGAAGCUCUGUGUCCAGCCUUGUCAACACUCACCACGGUCGCAAAACUACAGAGUUGCUGCACCGCGGCUUCAGCUCCGCGCCACCGAGCACGGAUGUGAAUUAUGAGCAGCUGAAGCAGCUCCUGGCUGGCCGGAAGGUCGUACUUCUAGAUGUCCGAGAGCCCUGGGAACUCCGGGAGUACGGCGUCAUCCCCGGCUCAAUUAACGUUCCUCUGGGACAGGUGAACACUGCCCUCCAGCUGGGUCCGGAAGAGUUCAAUGAACAGUAUGGUGGUAAAAUGCCCCAGCAGACAGAUAACAUUGUGUUCACCUGUCUGAAAGGGAUCAGGAGCAAGGACGCACUCAACACUGCUGCCUCGCUGGGAUACAAAGAUGUUAAGCAUUACCCAGGUGGAUGGCAAGACUGGGUGAAAAAUGAAUGAAAUGAUCCAGUGAUAACAAAACAGAAAAGAAAUAGGCUUUUUUUUGUUCCAGACUACACAAAUGACUACUUAACUUUGUAUGAUUGUGAGUUAAAAUGAAGCCACAGAUGCAUCUGCAGUUGUUGCUACCAUCAUUCAAUAAAUUAAAUUAUAGUUUUGAUUAACAGUGAUAUUUAGUUGUUUUGUGUUUUGUCAUUUUUUAUUUUUAUUUCUUUUGUACAAUUGAUCAACAAUGUCGGUCAGGUUUAUUACAAACGACAUGAGAAGACAUUUAUUUGAAUAAUUUGUGAUAUAAAUAGGCAUAGAGUGGCUUGCUGAGGUGACAGCCACUAGGACUAAGAUGAUAUAUGGUAUUGAAGGGCCAUGUCUAAUAUCCACUGUGUCUCAGUAUGAAUUUGCCACCCACCCUCCAGGGAACAUUAACAGAUUCCUUCGUCAUCCACGAUAAUGAAUGUGUUUGUUUUUAACUGAGAAAAAUGCCUCUGCUACAGAAUUUCGACCACGACCAUGGACCUUGUUCCCUUUUAACUUGCCCUUUUACAGUUUAGGAUGAAACUCCAAGCAGGACACAGAAAUUCUAUUAUCCUGAUAGGUAAUAAGAUAAGUUUUCUAAAUUAUCCAAGUGCCUCACGGAACUUAGAAGCAGCUUGUUGAUACCAAAUCAUUGACACUGAAUAGGAAACUGACCUCUGAGUGACUUUCCAGAUGCAUGACUAAAUAAUCUGGCUCAGAAGUGUUAAUGCUAUUUCUCUUUAUGUUAAACAGUCUUCUACAAGCAUGACAGGAAAAACUAAAUGUUUGUUCAUGUUUAUAUUUAACUGUCCAAGCAGGCCUGUGAGGCUCACUACACCCUAUCAUUUGGCCUGUUCAAUUAGGAAAACACAAAAUGUAAUACAUUACUCUGAAAGAAAGCAUUAGCUUAGGUGGCUAGCUGAAUGAAUAAUUGAAUGUGGGAGUUGGGGUUGUGUUAGCAUUUGAAGCCAGGCUUCGUAAAUACUGUGAUGGAAAAUACCACAAUGAUGAGUGAUGUUAUUUAGUUGCAACAUGAAAAGAGCUGGUUAGUGGAGAUUGAUUGUUCACAUGACAUGACAGAUUCCACCUCUUCCCAAAAGUCCCAAGCUGCUGCUAGAUCUGAGGUCAGUGGAAAGGAAUAGAUGCUUGCUUAAUCCAUCAAGACAUGUUUAGUACAAUAAAUUUAAAAAAUGUUA